AUGGGCGAGGAUAGUAAUGAAUUCCGAGCGGAAUUGGUUGCCAGCACUCUAUAUUUCAUAGCUAGUUUUGUGCUGAUCCUUUACUACUGUCCAAAGAUCGAGGCCAGCGAGAGUACCUUUUUUCAAACGUUGUUCGAUGAAACGAGUGCACUGUUUAAUAAUGCUUCGGAUCGGAUUCCGGACACUAAUAUCUUUCGGAAGGAGUACGACUUUAUCGUCAUCGGAGCCGGUUCCGGUGGGUCGGUGAUGGCCAACCGCUUGACGGAACUUCGUGAAUGGAACGUGUUGCUGCUCGAGGCCGGCAAGGAGGGUAACAUGCUAACGGAGGUACCCUUAACGGCGGGGUUGACCACCAUUACAGGUUACAACUGGGGUUACAAGGCGGAUCCAAUGGAGGGCGCCUGUCUCGGUCUGAAGGGUGGCGUUUGCAAUUGGCCAAAGGGCCGUGGACUCGGUGGAACAAGUCUGAUCAACUUUCUCAUCUACACCCGUGGACAUCGACGUGACUACGACGGAUGGGAACAGGCGGGCAAUCCGGGAUGGGGUUAUCGAGAUGUGCUGGAGUACUUCAAAAAGUCGGAGCGAGUUAAAAUUCCCUCUUUACGCUCGUCCCCGUACCGAUCCACCGUCGGUCCGGUGGACGUGGAAGAGUCUUCGUUCGAAACGCCUCUGCUGAGGCGCUUCAUUGACGCCGGUAAGGAACUCGGUUACCUCGAGACGGACUCGAACGGCGAGAUUCAGCUCGGGUUCGGUAAGGCCCAGGCAACGAUGCGCAACGGUAGAAGGUGCAGUGCGGCAAAGGCAUACCUGGUACCUGCCGCACGACGUCCAAACCUGGACAUCUCGAUGAACUCUCGCGUUACGAAGAUCUUGAUCGAUCCUCUGACGAAGCUUGCGUACGGUGUGGAGUUCAUCAAGCACAAGCGGCGCUACGUGAUCCGUGCGCGCAAGGAAGUGAUCCUAGCGGCCGGUGCAAUCGCUUCCCCGCAACUUCUGAUGCUUUCGGGCGUGGGUCCGCGCGAACAUCUGCAGCAAGUCGGAGUACCUGUCGUACAAGACCUACCAGUCGGGUAUAAUCUGCAGGAUCACGUGAACCUGCCUGGGCUGGUGUUUCCCGUGAACCAGCCCGUUACCGUGCGGGAGCGUGACAUGCGUUCACCAAAGUACAUCUUCGAUUACCUUCUAUUCGGCCGUGGACCAUUCACCGUUCCCGGAGGAGCUGAAGGUGUGGCGUUCGUGAAGACCAACAUCAGCUACACACCAUCGGACUACCCGGACAUUGAGCUAGUGAUGGGAACCGGUGCGUACAACAACGACGAGUCGGGUUCGCUGCGGGAAACCAUCGGCAUCACGGACGAGUUUUACCACCGGACGUAUGGAACUAUCCUUGGCAAGCAUGCAUUCGCCAUCUCUCCGAUCCUGAUGCGCCCGAAGAGCCGCGGCCGGAUUUACCUGAAGAGCGCCAACCCAUUCCGUUGGCCGCGGAUGGAUGGGAACUUCUUCGGAAACUACGACGACUUGGCGGUACUUCGCGAGGGUGCGAAGCUGACGGUGACCCUGGUAGAGUCCCGUCACUUCCGAUCGUUCGGGGCCAAACUACACACCACCCCAUUUCUGGGAUGCGAGGGCCAUCGCUUCCGGAGUGACGAAUACUGGGAGUGUGCCAUUCGGCGAAUCGGUAGCUCGUUGCAGCAUCAGUGUGGUACUUGCAAGAUGGGCCCCACAACCGACCCGGAAGCGGUGGUCAAUCCGCAACUGCAAGUGUACGGCAUUCGCGGACUGCGCGUUGUGGACGCAUCGAUCAUUCCCACCAUUCCAGCGUCGCAUACCAAUGCGGUCGUGUUCAUGAUUGGUGAGAAGGCUGCCGACAUGGUGAAGGAAUUCUGGGUCAACGAAAUUCGCUGA